CUCUUGCUAACAGCAGACCUCUCACACUCUCACAGGUGUUAGCAUCCCUUUAUAUCGAGGACACCGAGCCAAACCUGUACAUUGAAGAUGGUUGCAUUGUCGCUUAUGAGCGUGUGGGGGUUGCUGUGCCUCUGCACCACUGUCCAUGGCAUGGGCAGCAAUAUCGACCUAUUGGCACAAACAGCAAUCAACCUCCCGAGCACCCUGAGCUGUGGUGUGAACUGGGGGUGCGAUUGUGCAUUCAGGCAGAAGGACUGCUGUUGUGGGGCCAAGCAGUUCACGGCCCUGGAAGACAGCGUCUACACCAGGCUGGUGGCAUUGAGGAUGGAGCUCCACGACGUUGAAAUGCAAACAGAGGCCCUCACAAAAAACACCCACAUCGCCUUUUCAGCCAGCAUGGCUGCAAGAUCCGGUUCUUUUGGUCCUUUCACCACAAAUGUUCCCAUUCCCUACACCUUAAUUGCUACUAACGAUGGAAACGGAUAUAACCCUGCUCUGGGCAUCUUCACCGCGCCUCGUGCGGGGGUAUACUCCUUCGCCUACACUGUGUACUCCAGCGUCGGUACCACGGGGGCGCGCCUCUACCAUAAUAUCCAACUGAUGUUGAACGGAGAGGUCGUGGCGUCCACGUGGGAGGACAACCGCGAGGACACGGAGGACAGCGGGUCCCAGGUGGUGGUGUUGCAGAUGAGGAGAGGCUGCCAGGUUUACAUGGAGAUGGUGUCCGGGAGAAGCCUCGCUGGAAACACUAGAAAUGCUUAUAACCAUUUCUCCGGCUACCUCGUGUACCCUGACGAUGAAGAUUAGCCACGCUAGCUGAAGAUCU